UGCUUGUUGUACUAAAUCAAAUUAUAAAAGUAUAUUUUUGGGUUACUUAGAAAUCUUUGAUUUUAAAUAGUUUUGUAACAUCCCUUUAAACCAUUCUACUCCAUGCUUAAUUGUAAUUAAUCUGCCACUCUUAUAUUGCUUGACUUGAUAUUUGUUAAACCAUGUUGAAUCAGAUGAGUUUCAAGCUUCUUCUGGUUGUUAUGUGUCUUUGGAUUUGGUUUCUAUCUUUGGCUUUUACAAUUUCUGAUGAAGGGUUGAUGAGAGUUAGUCUAAAGAGAAGGAAUUUAAACUUUCAAAGUCUUAAUUCUUCAAGAAUCAAAAGGGUAAUUCAUCAAAGAAAUUUAGAGAGUGUUGAUCAAAAUUGUUGCAGUAAAGAUGUUGUGUAUCUUAAGAAUUACCUUGAUGUACAAUAUUUUGGGGAGAUUGGUAUUGGUUCACCACCACAGUACUUCAAUGUUGUGUUUGAUACUGGAAGCUCUAAUCUUUGGGUUCCAUCUUCCAAGUGCAUCUUUUCAAUUGCUUGCUAUUUGCAUUCCAAGUAUAGGUCAAGGAUAUCUAGCACUUAUAAUGAAAUUGGAACACCUUGCAAAAUCCCUUAUGAUGAUGGAUACAUUUAUGGAUUCUUCAGCCAAGAUAAUGUAAAAGUUGGGGAUAUCAUUAUUAAAGAUCAAGAAUUUUCUGAGAUUAUAUGGGAAGCAAAUUUAGCACUUUUAGCUUUUCCAUUUGAUGGAAUACUUGGACUUGGUUUCCAGGGUAUUUCAGUUGGAAAAGUCACACCAGUGUGGUAUAAUAUGAUAGAACAAGGACACAUAAAGGACAGAGUUUUCUCUCUUUGGCUAAAUCAUGAUCCAAUGGCUGAGAUAGGAGGUGAGAUUGUCUUUGGUGGUGUGGACAAGAGGCAUUUUAGAGGUGAACACACUUAUGUUCCACUUUCUCAAAAGGGUUAUUGGCAGAUUGAAGUUGGAGAUAUUCUGCUUGGAAAUAAUACAACAGGUUUAUGUGAGGGUGGCUGUGCUGCAAUAGUAGACUCAGGGACAUCUUUAAUUGCUGGUCCAACUGGUGUUGUGACUCAAAUUAACCAUGCCAUUGGAGCAGAAGGAUAUGUUAGUAUUGAGUGCAAAAACAUUGUCCAGAACUAUGGGAAUAUGAUAUGGGAAUCCUUGAUUUCAGAGUUAAAUCCUGAAAUCUUAUGUGUUGACAUUGGACUCUGUUCAAAUAAUGGAUUUCAAAGAAUAGAUGAUGUAAUUGAAACAGUGGUGCAUAAUGAAAAUUUGGACAGACCCUUUUGUACUUUUUGCAAUAUGAUUGUCCUUUGGAUUCAAGUUCAGCUUAAGAAAAGCAAUGUAAAGGAAAAAGUGUUAAAACAUGUGGAUGAGCUAUGUGAGAGGCUCCCAAAACCAGUGGGACAAGCAUUUAUAAACUGCAAUAGUAUCUCAACUAUGCCAGAUAUUACAUUCACAAUUGGAAACAAAUUGUUUUCUCUCCCUCCAGAACAGUACAUUCUUAGAGUUGAUGAAGGUUCUGUCUGCUAUAGCGGUUUUGUUGCUCUUGAUGUGCCUUAUCCACAAGGUCCUAUCUGGGUUCUUGGGGAGAUUUUCUUGGAGGCCUAUCACACUGUGUUUGACUAUGAAAAUCUCCGUAUUGGAUUUGCAGAAGCUGCAUAGUCAUUGUUCACUUGUUUGUUGUUAAUUAUUACCAGUGAGUUAUUUAUAAAGAGAAAAAGAUGGAGGUUUACAUGAUUCAUAAUAGUGAUUUUGGAGGCAUUGAUGGAAAUGAUCUCGUAGAGUAAGUUUGGUAGCCUGGAACAAAAUGGCUAUGCCUAAAUCCCAUGGGAUGACUUGGAAUCAAAGAUUUAGAAUUUUCAUGAGGGUGGUUUCUCUAUAAGGAGGGUACAAAGUCUAUAGCUUGGCUUAUUCUUAUGGGUGCACAAAUCCAAUCACUUGCCAUUAACCCAAUUUAAUCAUACCUUUUUCUUCUUAUAAAAAAACAUUCAAAGACAAUUAAACACAAUUAUAGUAUACACCAAGUUGUUUGGAUUAAGUUGAUAUGUGAUAUUUUAAGCAAUUUAAAUUACAAUUUAAUUUCCAUGCAUAUAAUAGCAACUAAUUAGUUAACUCUCGUUUUAAGUCUUUCAUUUGCAUAUAAUAGCAACUAAUUAGUUAUCUAUCACAACUAGUAAUUGAGCCUUACAUUUGCUUUUGAGAAAGGCAUCAAAAUAAAAUGCAGUGUGGUAGUUCAAAUUAAUCACAGUAUAAAGGUUAUAAUCAUUUGUGACACCUACACUAAGUUUAUAAACAAAAUAGAAUCUCAUGGAAAAAUUCGAAUGAAAACGAGAUCCUCAUUCACAAUUCUAGUAUGAAAUUGAAGAGGGAGAAUUGAAUUGUGCCCAAACACGUGUUAGAACUUAGAUGCCCUAUUUAACGAAAUACAGUAUAUUGUUUACAUGGAAGAAGAGGCACAACACCUGCUUGAAGGGAAGGAGAGGCACUGCAUGGUGGUAUUUUUCUAAUGUGUCAAAUAUCACUCAAUUAAGAUCAGGAUGGGAUCAAGGAUAAGACCACUAAGGCAAGUAAUAGCCACCAAAGUCAAGUAUCAAACGACUUCUAUAUGGAAUACUCAUAUAAUUCAAGCUCGUAUUGCAAGUUUGUCGACUCUCCAUCAACGCUGGUUUGCUUGACAUUAUCUAGAUGAUGGUCGAACGACUUUCAAUGGAGAUGGUGCAUUCAAAAACUCGGAUUGAAUGACAUCUUAUAGAAUAGUGGUUUGUGAUCACACUGAUGUUUUCAUAUUCUACUCAUAUGCAUUAGGGUGUACAUGAUCUCAAUGAAAGAACUUUGGGUUAUAUGUAAUGGUUGAACUUUGAGUUAUAUAUAAUAGUUUGAAAUUAA